GGUUUUGAGCCCUGUGUAAAUGAAGGAAUGUGUGUUACCUACCACAAUGGCACAGGAUACUGCAAAUGUCCAGAGGGCUUCUUAGGAGAAUAUUGUCAACAUCGAGACCCCUGUGAGAAGAACCGCUGCCAGAAUAGUGGGACCUGUGUCGCCCAGGCCAUGUUGGGGAAAGCCACAUGCCUUUGUGCCCCAGGGUUCACAGGGGAGGACUGCCAGUACUCAACCUCUAACCCCUGCCUUGUGUCUAGAGGAACACAAGGAGGAACCUGUCUGAAUGGAGGAACCUGCCACAUGCUCAGCCCAGAUACCUAUGAGUGCAUCUGCCAAGUUGGUUUUACAGGUAAGCUGUGCCAAUGGACUGAUGCCUGCCUGUCUCAUCCCUGUGCAAAUGGAAGUACCUGUACCACAGUGGCUAACCUGUUCUCCUGCAAAUGCCUCUCAGGCUUCACAGGGCAGAAGUGUGAGACUGAUGUCAAUGAGUGUGACAUUACAGGACUCUGUCAGCAUGGUGGCACCUGCCUCAACCUGCCUGGCUCCUACCAGUGUCAGUGCCCCCAGGGCUUCACAGGCCAACAUUGUGACAGCCCCUAUGUGCCCUGUGCGCCUUCUCCCUGUGUCAAUGGAGGCACCUGCCGGCAAACUGGUGACUUCACUUUUGAGUGCAAUUGCCUUCCAGGUUUUGAAGGGAGCACCUGUGAGUGGAAUAUUGAUGACUGCCCUAAACACAAGUGUCAGAAUGGAGGGGUUUGUGUGGACGGGGUUAAUACAUACAAUUGCCGCUGCCCCCCUCAGUGGACAGGGCAGUUCUGCACAGAGGAUGUGGACGAGUGUCUACUGCAACCCAAUGCCUGUCAGAAUGGGGGCACCUGUACCAACCGCAAUGGGGGCUACGGCUGUGUGUGUGUCAAUGGCUGGAGUGGAGACGACUGCAGUGAGAACAUUGAUGACUGUGCCUUCGCCUCCUGCACUCCAGGGUCCACCUGCAUUGACCGUGUGGCCUCCUUCUCUUGCAUGUGUCCAGAGGGAAAAGCAGGUUUUACGGGACCAGUAUGCCAGAUUGAUAUUGAUGACUGUUCCAGUACUCCAUGUCUGAAUGGGGCAAAGUGUAUCGAUCACCCGAAUGGCUACGAAUGCCAGUGUGCCACAGGCUUCACUGGUGUGCUGUGUGAGGAGAACAUUGACAACUGUGACCCUGAUCCUUGCCACCAUGGUCAGUGCCAGGAUGGCAUCGACUCCUAUACUUGCAUCUGCAAUCCUGGCUACAUGGGUGCCAUCUGCAGUGACCAGGUUGAUGAGUGCUACAGCAGCCCUUGCCUGAAUGAUGGUCGGUGCAUCGACCUGGUCAAUGGCUACCAGUGCAACUGCCAGCUGGGCACGUCAGGAGUUAAUUGUGAGAUUAAUUUUGAUGACUGUGCCAAUAACCCUUGUGUCCAUGGAGUCUGUAUGGAUGGCAUUAAUCGCUACAGUUGCGUCUGCUCACCAGGAUUCACAGGGCAGAGAUGUAACAUUGACAUUGAUGAAUGUGCCUCCAAUCCCUGUCGCAAAGGAGCAACUUGCAUCAAUGAUGUGAAUGGUUUCCGUUGUAUCUGCCCUGAGGGGCCCCAUCACCCCAGCUGCUACUCCCAGGUGAAUGAGUGCCUGAGCAAUCCCUGCAUCCACGGAAACUGUACCGGGGGCCUCAGUGGAUAUAAGUGCCUCUGUGAUGCAGGCUGGGUUGGCAUCAACUGUGAACUGGACAAAAAUGAAUGUCUUUCCAACCCAUGCCAGAAUGGAGGAACUUGUGACAAUCUGGUGAAUGGAUACAGGUGUACUUGCAAGAAGGGCUUUAAAGGGCACAACUGCCAGGUGAAUAUUGAUGAAUGUGCUUCAAAUCCAUGCCUGAACCAAGGAACCUGCUUUGAUGACAUCAGUGGCUACACUUGCCAUUGUAUGCUGCCAUACACAGGUGGGUCCCGCAGGUGUCCACAGGGCCCCGAGCUUGGCCUCGCCUUUUCAGUGCAAGCGUCUCCAAUGCCCGGUCUAUGGAGCGGCGCUGCCGCUGCAGUGAUCGUGUCCUGUGUGCAGCGUGCAGGCAGGAGCAUGGCUGAAUUAACACUCUCCUGGAGUCUGGGGCUGUUUCUAGUUGCUGGCAAGAAUUGUCAGACUGUAUUGGCUCCCUGUUCCCCAAACCCUUGUGAGAAUGCUGCUGUUUGCAAAGAGGCACCAAAUUUUGAGAGUUACACCUGCUUGUGUGCUCCUGGCUGGCAAGGUCAGCGAUGUACAAUUGACAUUGAUGAGUGUAUCUCCAAGCCUUGCCUGAACCACGGUCUCUGCCAUAACACCCAGGGCAGCUACAUGUGUGAGUGUCCUCCAGGCUUCAGUGGUAUGGACUGUGAGGAGGACAUUGACGACUGCCUUGCCAAUCCUUGCCAGAAUGGAGGUUCCUGUGUGGAUGGAGUGAAUACUUUCUCCUGCCUCUGCCUUCCGGGCUUCGUCGGGGAUAAGUGCGAGACAGACAUGAAUGAAUGUCUGAGUGAACCCUGUAAGAAUGGAGGGACCUGCUCUGACUAUGUCAACAGUUACACUUGCAAGUGCCAGGUGGGAUUUGAUGGAGUCCACUGUGAGAACAACAUCGAUGAGUGCACUGACAGCUCCUGUUUCAAUAGUGGCACGUGUGUCGAUGGGAUUAAUUCCUUCUCUUGCUUGUGCCCUGUGGGUUUCACUGGUCCCUUCUGCGUCCACAAGAUUGAUGAAUGCAACUCUCAUCCAUGCCUGAAUGAGGGAACAUGUAUUGAUGGCCUGGGUACCUACCGCUGCAUCUGCUCCUUGGGCUAUACUGGGAAAAACUGUCAGACCCUGGUGAACCUCUGCAGUCAGUCUCCAUGUAAGAACAAAGGUGCUUGUGUUCAGGAAAAAGCAGAGUCCCGGUGCCUAUGUCCACCUGGAUGGGCUGGUGCUUACUGUGAUGUGCCCAAUGUCUCCUGUGAGGUGGCAGCCUCCCGCAGAGGUGUGCCUGUUGACCACCUGUGCCUGCAUUCAGGCAUCUGUAUCAGUGCUGGAAACACACAUCACUGCCAGUGCCCCCUGGGCUACACCGGUAGCUACUGCGAGGAACAGCUUGAUGAGUGCGCGUCCAACCCCUGCCAGCAUGGGGCCACUUGCAGCGACUUCAUUGGUGGAUACAGAUGUGAGUGUGUCCCAGGAUAUCAAGGUGUCAACUGUGAGUAUGAAGUGGAUGAGUGCCAGAAUCAGCCAUGCCAGAAUGGAGGCACUUGUAUCGACCUUGUGAACCAUUUCAAGUGCUCCUGCCCACCAGGAACUCGGGGCCUACUUUGUGAAGAGAACAUUGAUGACUGUGCCAGGGGUCCCCGUUGCCUUAAUGGUGGUCAGUGUGUGGAUAGGAUUGGGGGCUACACUUGUCGCUGCUUGCCUGGCUUUGCUGGGGAGCGGUGUGAGGGGGACAUCAAUGAGUGCCUCUCCAACCCCUGCAGCUCUGAGGGCAGCCUGGACUGCAUACAGCUUACCAACGACUACCUGUGUGUCUGCCGCAGUGCCUUCACUGGCCGUCACUGUGAAACCUUCAUGGAUGUGUGUCCCCAGAUGCCUUGCCUGAAUGGAGGGACUUGUGCUGUGGCCCGCAACAUGCCUGAUGGCUUCAUUUGUCAUUGUGCCCCGGGAUUCUCUGGGGCAAGAUGCCAGAGCAGCUGUGGACAAGUGAAAUGUAGGAGAGGGGAGCAGUGUGUGCACACUGCCUCAGGACCCCGCUGCUUCUGCGCCAACCCCCCAGACUGUGAAUCAGGCUGUGCCAGUAGCCCUUGCCAGCACGGGGGUAGCUGCUACCCUCAGCGCCAGCCUCCUUACUACUCUUGCCAGUGUGCUCCACUGUUUUGGGGCAGCCACUGUGAACACUACACAGCCCCCACCAGCACCACCCCUGCCACCUGCCUGAGCCAGUACUGUGCUGACAAAGCUCGCGAUGGUGUCUGUGAUGAGGCCUGCAAUAGCCAUGCCUGCCAGUGGGAUGGGGGUGACUGCUCCCUCACCAUGGAGGACCCGUGGGCCAACUGCUCCUCCCCACUUCCCUGCUGGGAUUACAUCAACAACCAGUGUGAUGAGCUGUGCAACACGGCUGAAUGCCUGUUUGACAACUUCGAGUGCCAAGAUAAUAGCAAGACAUGCAAGUAUGACAGAUACUGUGCAGACCACUUCAAAGACAACCACUGUGACCAGGGAUGCAACAGUGAGGAGUGUGGCUGGGAUGGGCUGGACUGUGCUGCUGACCAGCCCGAGAACCUGGCAGAGGGUACCCUGGUUAUUGUGGUGUUGAUGCCACCUGAACAACUGCUUGAGGAUGCUCGCAGCUUCUUGAGGGCACUGGGCACGCUGCUCCACACCAACCUGAAUAUUAAACGAGACUCCCAGGGGAAACCUAUGGUAUACCCCUAUUAUGGUGAGAAGUCAGCUGCUGUGAAAAAGCAGAGGAUGACCCGCAGGUCCCUUCCUGAUGAACAAGAACGGGAAGUAGUUGGCUCUAAGGUAUUUCUGGAAAUUGACAACCGUCAGUGUGUUCAAGACUCAGACCAAUGCUUCAAGAACACGGAUGCAGCAGCAGCUCUCCUGGCUUCUCACGCCAUCCAGGGGACCCUGUCCUACCCUCUUGUGUCUGUCGUCAGUGAAUCCCUGUCUCCAAAACCCACUCAGCUCCUCUACCUACUUGCUGUUGCUGUUGUCAUCAUUCUGUUUAUCAUCCUGCUGGGGGUAAUCAUGGCUAAACGAAAGCGUAAGCAUGGCUCCCUCUGGCUGCCUGAAGGUUUCACCCUUCGCCGAGACUCCAGCAAUCACAAGCGUCGUGAGCCGGUGGGACAGGAUGCCGUGGGGCUGAAAAAUCUCUCAGUGCAAGUCUCAGAGGCUAACCUUAUUGGUUCUGGAACAAGCGAACAUUGGAUCGAUGAUGAAGGGCCUCAGCCAAAGAAAGCCAAGGCUGAAGAUGAGGCUUUGCUCUCAGAAGGAGAUGACCCCAUUGAUAGACGCCCAUGGACACAACAGCACCUUGAAGCUGCAGACAUCCGUAGGACACCAUCACUGGCUCUCACUCCUCCUCGGGCAGAGCAGGAGGUGGAUGUGCUGGACGUCAACGUCCGGGGCCCAGAUGGGUGCACCCCACUGAUGUUGGCUUCUCUCCGAGGAGGCAGCUCAGAUGUGAGUGAUGAAGAUGAAGAUGCAGAGGACUCUUCUGCCAACAUCAUCACAGACUUAGUCUACCAGGGUGCCAGCCUGCAGGCUCAGACAGACCGGACUGGUGAGAUGGCCCUACACCUCGCAGCCCGCUACUCGAGGGCGGAUGCAGCCAAACGCCUCCUGGAUGCAGGUGCAGAUGCCAAUGCUCAGGACAACAUGGGCCGCUGCCCUCUCCAUGCUGCAGUGGCAGCUGAUGCCCAAGGUGUCUUCCAGAUUCUGAUCCGUAACCGAGUAACUGAUCUAGAUGCCAGGAUGAAUGAUGGUACCACUCCCCUGAUCCUGGCUGCCCGCCUGGCUGUGGAGGGCAUGGUGGCAGAGCUGAUCAACUGCCAAGCAGAUGUGAAUGCAGUGGAUGACCAUGGAAAAUCUGCUCUUCACUGGGCAGCUGCUGUCAAUAAUGUGGAGGCGACUCUUCUGCUAUUGAAAAAUGGGGCCAACCGAGACAUGCAGGACAACAAGGAAGAGACACCUCUGUUUCUUGCUGCCCGGGAGGGGAGCUACGAAGCAGCCAAGAUCCUGUUAGACCAUUUUGCCAAUCGAGACAUCACGGACCACAUGGAUCGUCUUCCCCGGGAUGUGGCUCGGGAUCGCAUGCACCACGACAUUGUGCGCCUCCUGGAUGAGUACAACGUGACACCAAGCCCUCCAGGCAGUGUGCUGACAUCUGCUCUCUCACCUGUCAUCUGUGGGCCCAACAGGUCUUUCCUCAGUUUGAAGCACACCCCAAUCGGCAAGAAGCCUAGACGGCCCAAUGCCAAGAGCACCGUGCCCACUAGCCUCCCUAACCUUGCCAAGGAGACCAAGGAUGCGAAGGGUGGUAGGAGGAAGAAGUCUCUGAGCGAGAAGGUCCAGCUGUCUGAGAGCUCAGUGACUUUAUCCCCUGUUGAUUCUCUAGAGUCUCCUCACACAUAUGUUUCUGACACCACAUCCUCUCCAAUGAUCACAUCCCCUGGAAUCUUGCAGGCCUCCCCCAACCCUCUGUUGGCCACUGCUGCCCCCACUGCCCCAGUCCAUGCACAGCAUGCACUGUCUUUCUCUAACCUUCAUGAAAUGCAGCCUUUGGCUCAUGGGGCCAGCACUGUGCUUCCCUCUGUGAGCCAGCUGCUGUCUCACCACCACAUUGUCCCCCCAGGCAGUGGCAGUGCGGGGAGCUUGGGUAGGCUCCAUCCAGUCACAGUCCCAGCAGAUUGGAUGAACCGCAUAGAGAUGAAUGAGACCCAGUACAAUGAGAUGUUUGGUAUGGUCCUGGCUCCAGCUGAGGGCACCCACCCUGGCAUAGCUCCCCAGAGCAGGCCACCUGAAGGGAAGCAUGCAGCCACCGCACGGGAACCCUUGCCCCCCAUUGUGACAUUCCAGCUCAUCCCUAAAGGCAGUGUUGCCCAACCAACUGGGGCUCCCCAGCCUCAGUCCAACUGCCCUCCAGCUGUUGCAGGGCCCCUGCCCACUAUGUACCAGAUUCCAGAAAUGGCCCGCUUGCCCAGUGUGGCUUUCCCCACUGCAGUGAUGCCCCAGCAGGAUGGGCAGGGAGCUCAGACCCUUCUCCCAGCCUAUCAUCCUUUCCCAGCCUCAGUGGGCAAGUAUCCCACACCCCCUUCACAGCAUAGUUAUGCUUCCUCAAAUGCUGCUGAGCGAACCCCCAGUCACAGUGGUCACCUCCAGGGAGAGCAUCCCUACCUGACACCAUCCCCAGAGUCUCCUGACCAGUGGUCAAGUUCAUCACCCCACUCUGCUUCCGACUGGUCAGAUGUGACCACCAGCCCUACCCCUGGGGGUGCUGGAGGAGGUCAGCGGGGGCCUGGGACUCACAUGGCUGAGCCACCACACAGCAACAUGCAGGUGUAUGCGUGAAAGUGUCUGCCCCCAGUGCAGGGGCAGAACUGACUAUUGUAAAUGCUGCUGAAGAACAAAUGAAGGUCAUCCGGGAGAGAAAUGAAGAAAUCUCUGAAACAAGCUCUUGGAGGCAGGAGAGAGAAGAUGCUCUUAUCUUUCAGAUAAUGUAAGAGAAGAAGUUCAUCAGCUUCACUGGGUAUCUGCAGGGUUUUUCUUGGGGGGACAUGGUUCCUUCAAAUCUCUUGCCCAUCAAGCCAAGUUCAUGGAAAUACAAGAUGAAUACAAGCCUUGGGGCCAUGUUUACUCUCUUCUACUUGGAGAAGAUGAAUGCCCAUUGUAGCCCAGACAUUCUUGCAGCUUGGACUACAUUUUAAGCCCUGGGGGCUUCUGCCAUAUCCAUGAGAAGAUUCUACACUAGAAUCUUUUUGGUAAUUAUGCCCUGGAAUUCUGCCUGAGAUGAAGUAUCUUAUCUUCUCAUCCUUGGAAAUUCUUUUGACUUCAUUUGAUGCUUUUAUUUUUGUACCUCUCUGUGGUUGUAGCCCCACCAACAUGUUAUAGGGCAAGACCUUUGGAGUUUUAAUUAUUCCUGCCCUGGAAAGCAACUUCAGCCUCCUUUUUCCCUCCUAUUUUCUCAGCAUCCCUAGGAGUCUCAAAGGGUUUACUUUGGUUAUGGUUCUCAGCAUAAACCUUUCAAGUAUUUUUCUUGAGAAAGUGGACAUUUUGCAUUCAUAUAUAUAUAUAUUAUUCCUAGAAAGAGAAGGGGAGCAAAAUAUUUUUUUGGAGCCACUUUUGGGCAGGGACAGGAUUGCCCUUCAAGAGGCUGCACCUUAAUUCUCUUGCCUUCGUGCAGGGCUUCAUAUAAACCUUACCAAGAAGAAAGAUACAUGUCAAAUUUUUUCUAUUUAUGGGCUUAGUGUGAAGUUUUAUCCUUGGCAGCCUAGGUACUAUGACCCUCCCCUCUUUUUUAAACCAGAAAAAGGGUUAGAAUGUCAGAAUGACCAAGAGAUAAGCUAAUUCAUUCAAGAAGCAGUUACCCACCCACAGGUCCCUCCACUUCCUGCCAAGCAUUCCAUUGAUUGCCAGUGUGAAACACAUUCGUCCUAGAUUGUAGAACACGAGGUCUGCUUCACUCACACAUCUGGCAGGUGAAGAUGGUCUUAGCUUUUGAGCCUUUCCUUCCAUACCUCUCUACAGAAGAAAAUGUCUCAAACAAUAUACCCUUGCCAUUUAGGAACUUUCCUCAGCUCAGGGGACCCGUGACAGUCAUCUUCCUUUAAUCGGGUGAACAGUCUCUACUUCCUGGUUCUCUUACUGGCUGCAGGACUGUUCACAAGGCUUCCCUUCACACUCUGGUGUGAGUUACUGGUGUGCCUGUUAGGUUCUCACUGAAAACGUGCAUUUUCUAUGUUCAAGUGCAAGAAGAAAGUUGGACUAGUUUUCUAGGGUCCAAGCCAGUCCUAUAAGAAGGCUGAAGGAGGAACUAUGUGGCAGCCUAUGCUAUUUUCUGCCACCAUUUCUCUUCCUCUGAAGCAGUCACAACAUUCUCUUUUUGUUUGGUGACUAAAGUAGAAACUUUCCAGGGACAUUUUCCUUCUAGAUGAUGAUGGACAAUUACAGACUUGCUCCUCAUUGUCAUCCUGUUUUCAGAUUGUGACUGUACCUCACCUGAAUCUGUUCUCUGUAUUCGUGAUCUCGGCAACUUCCUUGACUCUGUGUCAGGGGCCGAAGUGUUUAAGUCAACUAUAGAACAGGAAAAUCGUUUUCUUCUUCUCCCUGGGUCACUUAAUAAUUGGUCCAUGGCCACCCUGUCACUUUAUCCAGUGCUAUGAUGCUCAUGAAACCUGGAAAAUUAGUUCUGCUGGGGCAUUUUGUAGAUAACGAUGGGUGAAUUGCCUACUCUGUUUUGGUCUGAAUGGUAGUCUUCAUUCCUGCUGUGGCUGGGGGUGUUCAUCAGUGCUUCCCACCUAUCUGAUUUAUCUGUCUGGUCACAUAUGGAAACCCUGUGUGUCUGUUGGCAUGACAGUCUACAAAUUUUUUUUUUUUCAGUCCUGUCCAACUUCAGUGAACCAGCAAAAAUAAUUAGGUCUGCCCUGAUAUAAGCAGAUUGUUCGCUUAUUCUGUGUUUUAUUCUCACAUGUGGCAACAUACUACCAGCCCCUUUCAUAGUUUGGAAACAUUUUAUCAUUCUAAAUGUGACUCUGUACCCUUGGACCUGUUUAUUAUUUGCAGAUGGGUAGAACAUCUGCAUGGACUGCACCGGACCACUCCACAUCUGCCCCUCUCUGCCCUCCUGCUCCAGCCCCCCUUCCUGAAAGUAUCAGCCUCCAAUCCUGCUGCUUGGAUCUUUUAUACCCUUGUUCCUUCCCAAGCACAGCGUAGGACUUAAUUUGCUUGUUUCUCCUCAUUGAGAUAAUUUAAUUUAGUUUGGGGGAAGGGGAUGUGAAAGUUGCCAUUCCAGACCACAGCCUUCGGUGAUGAGGACAACACUGCCAUUCAAACAUUUUACCAAUCUCUUAGAUUUUAAGAACACUUGUAUCUAAUAAAAGGGAAGGUAAGAAGGAUAAUCACUUCCUCAUAUGAAUUCUGAUGUAGAGACUAAGUUUUUAUGGGACACAUCUUUUAUGCCACUUAUAGAUCUCCCCACUCAUUUUUGGUUUAUUUUUAUUGUUAUAAAUUCUUCUUUGAUUCCUCUUCUGCCUAUUUUUGUGGAUAGGUAUUGUUUGUUUGUUGCUUCUGUUUUGUUUUAAGCUUCAUUUGCUGACAUGUGAUAGUGGGGGACAGAGAGGUUUGAAGGAAAGAGAGACCUUGAGGUAAAGAUUUUUGUAUAAGCAAUCAGAUGUGAUGCUCAAAUCCAUUAUGUCAUCUUACUAUUAAAUUUGCCAGUUCAUAAUUCUUGCAUAGAAAAGAACCAAAGGUGUAAUGUUUUGUUGGCAGGUGGUUUGGAGAUUUUGGCCUUAACCAAUACAUUGAAUGUAUGAUAACUAUUUGGGAGGACACAUUUAUAUGCUCUGAGGCCCCCAUUGAUAACUGGUACUAUGGCGACUUCCUUGUGUACAUUUCUCUUUAAAAGUGAUAUUAUAUCUGUUUGUAUGAGAAACCCAUUAACCAAUAAAAUGACCGCAUAUUCCUGACUAGACACAGUAAGGAAAAUGCACACUUUGUUUUUACUUUUCAAAGUUUCAUUCUAAAAGUAGUUAAGAUGAAAUUUAUAUGAAAGCAUUUUUAUCACAAAAUAAAAAAGGUUACAUGUCAA